AUGGAGUAUAAUGCCCUUGGAGACCAUUCGAUAUGGGUUCUAGACUUUGAUUUAUGUAGGAGGAUGACAAUGGAUUCAAAAGGAGUGGAAUAA